AUGGCUCUUGUCAAUCGUGAGGCGAACAGUAAUAAAAUCAGUUACGAACGUCGAUUGGAUCAUGCAUGGUCAUGCAUCUGUUGUCUGUUGGUUGUGGGAAUUAUACUAAUGACGAUGGCCAUCUCAUUGAUCCCUGUUUAUCUACCAGAUCGAUCCGUUGCAGUCAAUGGCCAACUAUUUCAAUAUACUUUUUCAGUGACUUAUGGAACAAACUACAGCAGUAUGAAUAUUGCAAAGGCUGUAAACGAGAGUAUGAUGAUUUCACAGUUAGAGAAAGCAUAUGGUCUAGAAGGUUACAUUUCUUCGAUUAGCUCCGUUCAAUUUGGUACCACUACAAGACUUCUGAACACGGGUCGGAGAAAAGGGUUAUUCAGAUUAAUACCUUGUGAACGAGUGCCAACAUUAAAUGGCUAUCAAUUACAUGUUCGAUUCGUCGUCAAUAUACCGAAAUAUUAUAAUACUGUUAGCAAACGAGAUCACUUUAUUCAUGUAGUUAAAGAUAUCAUUCGAAAUCCUCGGCAAAAUCCAGAUUUGGUAAUGUAUCUGAGCAACAGCGAAGUACAAAAUAUUAAGAAUGAAUUUUGUUCAUUUAGUCCAGUUUCGACCCUAGAUCCAAUAAUUACUAACACGGUAGUAACUUUCACUGAUUCUCCUAAUACUACAUCCAAUCAAUACACUCAAUUUACCACUGCAACAGACACAUCGUCCUCCGAAACGAGUGUUUCAACAACACAAACUACUACUAAUACUAGUACUACUACCACAACAACGACGACGACGACUGAGUUGCCACCAACAUGCAGUACAUGCCGCUUCAAUCUUGUAUAUACUUAUACUUACCGAGGCCGUUUGUUGAAUGGUACCGAUACGAAAAGUUGUGCCGCUUUCUGUUCGGGUUCAUAUGGUCGUCAUCCUGCUAUGGCGAUAUCCAAUACUCUGAAUGGUGGCACAUACGACUGCAAUGUUCGUGCAAAUCCACCCAGUGGUGAUUGUGUUAAUUCGUACGGCGAUCCUACUACUUAUAUCGGUCGGUUUUCCAUUGGCCCUGUCGGUAGUAGGACACCUUGCAACAAUCGCAGCGGAAGAUUUUAUUGCUGUUGUACUCCCAAAUCCAACUGA